CUUUCUCUGAAAGGUAGGCGUUCAAGGUGAUAGUUGCAGUGUCUGAGCUUUGCGAUGCAAAUUUUUGUCAUGACCACCAUGUGUUGCUGUGCCAGUAGUUCUUACGGAUGUUCAUCUUUUAAUAACAAUGUACAAGAGUCGCAGUGAAAGUUCGAGAUAACCAUUUCUAUACCAUGUCGGGAAAGGAAAAGCAAACACCAGCAAUAACCCCGACCCCACUCGGGAAGGCUGGAGCCAAACAACACUAUUUGAAACGCCACGGAAAGUUCCUUCGCGACAACAUCAAAGGCAUCACCAAGCCCGCUAUUCGCCGCCUAGCACGCCGCGCUGGUGUCAAGCGCAUGAGUGGGCUGAUUUAUGAGGAGACCCGCAAAGUUCUAAAGAUAUUUCUCCACAACCUUAUCCGCGAUGCGGUCAUCUAUACCGAGCACGCCCGCCGCAAGACACUGACCGCCAAGGACGUGGUGUAUGCCCUCAAGCGCCAGGGACGCACUCUUUAUGGAUUCGAUGUUUAGAAAGAGACGAAACAAGCGUGAAUGUCAGUCAAUGGAUUUGAUUGCAGACGCCAAACCAGCACCGACAUAAUGAAAUUGCUUCCCCUAAAGUGAACAACCCAUCAUCGGCAAACCAACUGCUGUUGUUUCUCGUCCUUGAACAACGUUUAUUUUCAUAGGAUGCCACCACAAUAUUAUGGGAUGGUACUCUACCAGGACUAUGAUCAGAACGCCUGUUUUCAUAUCUUUGCUUCUGCUUUCGUAUUGAAAAGAAAACUUUUAUUUUCAC